AUAGUAAAAUAUUUAUGUAUCCUGGUCCGCUGCCAUCUUAGAACGGUUUAGAAGCGUGCUAGCUCCCCGGAUACGUGAACAAAAAAGUCAACCUUAGGUCCAGCUCAAUUCCAGCCCGGAUGUGUGUGCUUGUGCCGGUCUCAUUUCUUGCGUACAAUAUCCUUUAAAUUUCUGAGAGCCUUUUUCCCUCUCAAAUUUUUUAUUUAUCGAUGUACUUUUGGGGUUGCCUUCCCUUAGUUUCGAUUUACGAAUGGGGAAUUUCAAGUUGGGGCUUGUUUUAGUUAGUUAUUUUGUGCAUAUACUGGGAAUUGGAGCUUUCAGGUUUCACAAUAGUCAUCAUACUGAGAGAAUAGAAGGCAGUGCUGGUGAUGUGCUGGAAGAUGAUCCUACCGGGAGGCUAAAAGUUUUUGUAUACGAGCUUCCAAGCAAAUAUAACAAGAAAAUCCUCCAGAAGGAUCAACGGUGUCUAAACCACAUGUUUGCUGCGGAAAUAUAUAUGCAUCGUUUCCUUUUAUCCAGCCCUGUGCGCACUCUUAACCCCGAGGAAGCCGAUUGGUUUUACACACCAGUGUACACCACUUGCGACCUGACAGCAAAUGGCCUUCCUCUUCCCUUUAAGUCCCCCCGUAUGAUGAGGAGUGCAAUACAACUUAUUGCUUCAAACUGGCCCUACUGGAAUAGGACAGAAGGGGCUGACCACUUCUUUAUCGUCCCACAUGAUUUUGGGGCUUGUUUUCAUUAUCAAGAGGAAAGAGCCAUUGAAAGGGGGGUUCUUCCAUUACUCCAGCGAGCAACCUUGGUUCAAACUUUUGGUCAACGAAAUCAUGUUUGCUUGAAGGAUGGUUCCAUCACCAUUCCUCCAUAUGCUCCUCCACAGAAAAUGCAAUCCCAUUUGAUUCCUCCAGAGACUCCACGGUCCAUCUUUGUUUACUUCCGUGGUUUGUUUUACGAUGUUGGCAAUGACCCUGAGGGUGGUUACUAUGCAAGAGGUGCCCGAGCUGCGGUGUGGGAGAACUUCAAGGACAAUCCUCUGUUUGACAUCUCAACAGAGCAUCCAACCACCUACUAUGAAGACAUGCAGAGAGGUAUCUUCUGUCUGUGUCCUCUUGGGUGGGCGCCGUGGAGUCCAAGACUGGUUGAAGCAGUGAUAUUUGGUUGCAUCCCUGUGAUUAUAGCAGACGACAUCGUCUUGCCUUUUGCUGAUGCCAUCCCAUGGGAAGAUAUCGGGGUGUUUGUAGCAGAGAAAGAUGUGGCAAUGCUGGACACGAUCCUCACUUCUAUCCGACCGGAGGAAAUCUUGAGGAAGCAGAGAUUGCUUGCAAACCCUUCAAUGAAACAGGCAAUGUUGUUCCCACAACCUGCUCAGCAUGGGGAUGCGUUCCAUCAGAUUUUGAAUGGACUUGCUCGCAAGUUGCCUCAUGACACAACGAGUGUUUACUUGAAACCUGGUGAAAAGGUCUUGAACUGGACUGCUGGUCCACUGGGAGACCUUAAACCUUGGUAGACGUCCGUCCGAGAAUGAAUCAAUUUUUGUGUACACUAUUGCAUCUUCGCGGUCCACUGGGAGACCUUAAACCCUGUAAGAUUUGUUGGAACGCGCAAGUAAUAAUUCAUUCUGGUAAUUUUACUGCAAAGUAUAAUUGAGCCACCCGGUUGCUGAGGAAAGAUGAUGUGUUGAGCCACACGGUUGCUGUUGAAAGAUGAACAAUUCCAAAAAAACGGGUUUAUAUCCUCUUCUCCUUUGUUACAAAGCAUACACUCCUAAUUUAUAACCAUGAAUUAUUAAGUCUCUUUUCCGUUUGAAUCAUGUUUCCCAUAAUCAACUAUAUGAUGAAUC